AUGACUGGAGCGGCAGCGGUGCGCUGCGGGGCGCCGCUUUUGCCAAAAGAUGCCGGGAAACGGCACUUACAAUUCUUCAGGAAUGUAUUAAAAACAGACAAAACAGAGUGCGAGUGGAUCCUCAGAUUUCUUGGGGAAGGGCUGCGUGACAAACUUUGCUGUGAGCUUUAUGUCUACCAGAGGAUUUUCUGGGUCAUUCUUGCCUUUUUCAGCAGUCCUUUGUGUGACGAGGGCUCCCAGAGUCGUAUUCUGGAGAUAUCACAGAGUGCUGCCCCUGUCACCUCUAGAGCUGCCCAUGAGCUGAUAGAGGAUCACAGCCUCCUCUCGUGGGUCCUGCACGGCUUAGAGAAAAGGUUUCUGGAGAACCAGGUGAUAAAUAAAAUGAUUUCCUUACUCCAUCCUCUGUGGCUAAUAAAUUUAAGAGACAAGAGAGAAAACAGGAAUCGAUCCCAGAUGCUGCUGUUGAGAUGGAUAUAUGAUCUACCUAUCUGUAUGUAG